AUGAAGAGAUCAGACGCAAGAACUCGCCAGAAGUAUACUGGUCUGAAGAAAACAGCGUGGUCCUUCCAUAGUGGAACAUGUGCUUAUAUAGGCUCUGAUGAUAAAAUUCAUUUUAUUGGAACUUUUGAAGGAAAUCCAGAAAAAUCCGUCAUUUCUUAUACAGAAAAUGCCACUGAAAUUUCUUGGUCGCUUGCUUCUGAUACAUUAGCUGCUGGAUUUGAAGAUGGCCAAGUCGGAAUUUGGAGUAAUGGCACAACAAUUUUUUCAGAUGAGUUUGGCAUGGAAAGCGUUGCCUUAAUUUCAUGGCAUCCGGGCAAAAAUAAAUUUGCGACAGCUUCAACUACAGGAACAAUCAGAAUAUGGAAUAUUGACAAUAAUAAAAUUAAACUUCAGUCAUCUAAACCAACUGCAUACAAAUUUUUAUCAAUCACGUAUACAUUCGAAGAUCAAGAUACAAUCUACGCCAUGAAUGAUGAAGGCGAACUUCUAAAAUACGUCGAAAAACAAGAACUCGAAAUUGUCACGUCAUUACCACGACCAAUCAAUUACAUUAAUCUUUCUUAUGAUGGAAAGAUUGUUUAUUCAUUGAGCGGAGAUAACAUUUUAACAAUUUAUACAACAUCGCCAAAAUUCAAGAAAUUAUCACAAUCUAAGCUUGCAUCAGGCGAGAGUAUUUGCUUCUCACACAUUUCUGAUGAUAAGUUUUGCUAUUGCUGCAACGAUACAAUGUAUAUUAUCGAUAAUAAUUGCCAAAUACUAUUAACUCUUAAACCAAACGAAAAAGACAACAUCAUUGGCACAAUGUUCUACAGCGAUACUUGCGAGCUUGCUUGUAUGACAGGCGGCGGCAGAUUAAUGUUAUGGAAGUACGAAGAAGACAAAAACGCACUUUCCAUUGUCCGCAGCCUUGAAACCACAACUAAUGCCAAGAAAAUCAUAUGGUCUCCAUAUACAAAAGAGGCUUUAAUUGUUUUACCAGACGGAUCUUUCUCUCCUUGCCAGAUUCCUCCAAUUAGAUGUGUUGUUUCAAAGGAUAUCACAGCAGUACAAACAGAUGCACGAAGUAUUUCGUUGACAGGAGCUUUCAGACAAAAAUUUGAUUUUAUAAUUGAAAAAAUGUCAGCAUCUGCGAACAACUUGCUUAUCUUAUCCAAGACGACAGCGUACAUGCACUCAAUGGGAUACGGUUCUCUGACACAAAUCUCACAAUUCCCAAUUCCAGGGACAAACAUCGAAAUUUUGGGAGACACAGUCUAUGCAGUUAACGGCCAAACACUUGAAGUCCACAACAAACAAGGCGAAACGCGUGUUUCUGUUCCUAUUGAUGCUAAAGGCACAAUCAUCAGGACAUCUAUCAAUGGCCGUUUCUUAUGCCUUCUUUCCGAUUUAGAAGAAGUUGUUUUAUUCGAUGUUUCUAAACGAAAUCCUGAAUACAAAUCCACAUCCAAGUUAGAUAUUCCAGAACCGCAUCACAGGAUCAGAUCCAUCUCAAUCUCACGUGGUGGCUACUGUUUAUCAGUUUCCAUCGAUGUUAUGGAUCGCGGUCGAUGGAAAUUAGGAAACAACAUUUAUUUACACUCUCCUAAACUUCAGAAGACAGUUUCUAUGCAACCAGAAGGUGGAAUUCCUCUUGUCCAUCUUUGGGAUACUGUUUCAGAACGUCUUCUUUGCAUCCAAACGCCGUCAUUCGUUAUUCCUGCAUUCAUUUCUACCGAUUUGAACGUAAUGAUGAUGAAGAGCCGUCCAUCAUCACAGACACGUCUUAUGUUCAAAGUCGAAGUCCCGAGAAUCUACACAUGUGUCAUUGGAACUCGUUCACAAGUUUCCACUGAAAACUCAGUUAACACACUCUUGAUUCCACAGCUUGUCGAUGUCGAUGGCCUUGAAGGUCAGACACGAAGAAUCCUGACAAAUAUCUACUACUGCAUAUUUACUGGUGACAAAGCAGGAGCAGAAACAAUUGUCAGUGCUAUUAAAGAAGAAAGUGUUGCUCGAAGCGCUAUGAAGUUCUGUAUCAACAACGGCGAAAAAGGUCUUGCAGACAUCUGCUCAAAAGUUUUGACAUCGGCUGUUGAAGUUAAAUCAGGUGACAAACUUGAUUUCUUAAAUAACAUCACAUCCACAUCAUUUGAUGAAGCUGCAUCCAUCUGCACACCAACAGACAAGUUGCCUAUCCGUGCUGCAUCGUAUUUGCGUGGUUCCAUGUUCGAAUUAGAAGGCAAUGAACAAGAAUCUAUAAAAUCAUUUGCACAGAGUGGUCCAAACGGUUCCGAUAUUCUUCGCAUGGCUAUGCACAAAGGUGAUUUAUCAAUCAUCUUCAAAGCAGCAAAUGAUGGCAACUCAGAUCCACAACUUCACUUGUGGCUUGGUCGUUACUACGAAUACAAGACACAGUUCGAAACUGCACUAACACACUAUGACUUGUGUGGUGAAAUCCGUGAAUCCCUUCGUGUCUUGUGCAUUACUAAACAAUGGCAAGAAGCAUCACGACAUGUUUCUAACACAGGUGAUCGCGGUGCUAUUUGCCGUUUAGCGCGUCUCAUGAUUAAGAAACUUCCUACAGUUAGUGGUGAAGAACAAGAAAGCAUGAAGAAAGAUAUCCUUAAUCUUUUCAAGAACGCUCACCAGAACUCGGCCGCAUUCGAAUUUGCAUUCGAACAAGGCAUGGAGAACCAAAUCCUUUCAUUGUCUCUUUCAGCUCCUGCAACAUUACUUGCAAAAGCUGCAAAGAAAUACGAAGAAGACAAGAACAUCCGAACUGCAGUUCUUUUGUGGCACCGCGCAGGUCGUGUCAACAAAGCAAUCAGUUUAUGUCUUGAAAACCAAUUAGUUGGUGCAUUAACAGAGAUUGCUGACACAAUCACAGAUAAAUCAGACCACGAAGUUCUUGAGAAUGCUGCAAACUUCUUUGUUUCAAGAGAAGAUUGGACACGCGCUGCAUAUUUCCUUGCAUUGGCACAUAAUUUCACAUUUGCAAGCAAAAUCUGCAACGACCACGAUGUUCAAUUACCACAAUCACUUAUGGAAGAGCUCAGCCAGACAGAGGACGAACUUGAAGCCAAACAAGUUGCUCUUCUUUGCGAACAGCUCCAGAUGUACAAUAUCGCAAGCAAAGUUUGGAUGCGUUUGAACGACCACAUUUCAGCAAUGAAAGACAUAAUCCGUGGCGAUGAUCCAGAGAAAGUCAUCAGAUUUGCUAACAAACUCAAGCGUAAGGAUGCAUUCAUUAUGGCUGCGGAUUAUCUUUCUGAACAGAAUCCUCGUGAAGGUGAACAGUUGUUUAUCACUGCAAUGCAGUUUUAUCAACGCGCUGGUUCAUACGACAAAAUCUCACAGUUCUUAGAACGUUCAGCACAGACGGAGAUUGAUGACUUCCAAGACUACAAGAAAGCGCUUGAUCUUCUCAGACGCGCUCACCAGACAAUGGCUAAGACAGAUAUGACAAGAGAUCGUGAAGCAAUUGUUAUGUCGCAGCUUCAAAAGAUUCGAUGGAUUGAGAUGUACAUCGAAGCAUCAGAAUGUGUGCAAUCGGAUCCAAUGCGUAUGCAGUGCAUUUGCAACGAGCUGUUGCAGACACGUGGUGUUGAUAUUUGUUUGCGUCUUGAAGACGUUUACAUGCUGUUAGUUCAGUACUUUGUUGAACUUGGCAACUUCACACAAGCUCAGCGUAUUCUUGAAAACAUGCGUAAGAAUGGUGUUGAUCUUAAAUGGUUCAUGGAAGUCGAACAACUUAAGAAGAUCUACCGAAUGGCCGGUGUUGAAUAUGUCGACGAAGAACCAACAUUUGAUCGUAGCCGUGUUGAUAAUAUCCCCGAUGAUUGUGUUGAUCCAAUUGAAGAUGAUUUCUAA